AUGACUAUCGAUAUCGGUCACCACAGUCAAGCUUUGAGCCAGCUCCAUGUACUUGAGCGCCAACACCUUCAAUCCGCAGUGCGCGUUAUAAAAUUGAGCGGUGGAAGCUGCGAUCAGGAAGAAGACAUUAUUUUGGCCCACGCAGCAUAUUCAAUGUCGGAUAUGAGCGGGUUGCGAAACAUGCACUGGAAUUGCAGUGGGAUCUUCCCCCACGUCCUGAAUGAUGGACUACUUGCCCAAACCCGGCUUCACGUUUCAAUUAGCGGUAAUGGCAGAGUUGAUGAUCGAGUUCUGGAAUGUUUCAGAGCUCUCAUAGGCAACCAGAACCUGUUCUCAUUAUCCGUCCACCUAGGAAUUCAGGACUACGCUGUUUGCAAAGAAAAGAUGCUUGCUCUGAAGGAAGUACUUCUCACAUGCCCUCGGCUUUCCCGAAUUCCUCUACUAUACGUUGGCCACAUCGUCACAGCUGGCUACAGUAGAUUUGAGGGCCCAUCUUUCGGAGCGCCAUACUGCGGAUUAGGCCUAUCAGGUGGCGAGAAGCCUCCUGCAUUGGAGGAGCUCGGCCUCAAGCAAUAUCCGUGGGGUCGAGAACCCACGCCUCCCUUGAUUUCUGUGGAGGGUGUCUACUGUGUUGGGUAUCCUGAAAAGGGUGAUGAAGUCAAUUACUGGGCUCAGGAGUUUGAUUGGUCGCAAUUACAAAAGCUGAAUGAUAUUCCUAGCGAACUCGCACUGGAGAUAGCGUCGAAAUUUGUACGGUUGAGAGAAGUUAUUCUCGAUGCGAACUAUUGGGAUAAAUCCGAAUUUCUUGAGAGACUCCCUACAGCUUUGGAAAGCUUGAGUAUUUCAAGCUGGGGCCAUAGAGUCUCGGCACAAUGGAAAAGUUUCCUCACCGAUACCGAUCUGAUAACUUUGAGCGGAAGCCUCCCGCAUCUCGAGGAACUGAAUCUCGAUCUCAACAGGGACACAGAGAAGAGUGCCUGGCCUCACAGUUCCCUCGAAGCUCUCGCCAAGUUUCCACGUCUCAAAAUUCUUGAACUCUGGUUCGAGCUUGGUGAUGGGUCGACAGCUUCUCCUAAACCACAUCUGACCAUUUCCGCAUCCCGAGAAAUCUUCAACUAUCUCCGCCAUUGCAGCAGCAAAAUCCUGUCCUUGGAAUUUCACGCUGGAAUACCCCUCUCUGGUGUCCCCGAGCGAGCCAACAACUUAGAUCCAGCUCCUUCUUGGCAGUGGCAGAACUCCGCACGCCUCUUGUGCAAGGUGUCGAUACUUGAUGGCGACGCGGCAGACGAGUAUGUCACGGUAAAGUGUCCGCAACUGAGUUCUAAGACGAAUGAGAAACUUACUCGCUUAUCGAAGCUCCCGAGACAUGAAAGAUCGCCAGCUAGGGAUGCGACUGCAUUGGCUAUCCAGGUUGCGCUUGACGGGCCGCUUUCCAUGGAAGAUUGGAAGGGAUGGGGACGUCUGCAGGAGUUGCUUGCACAAGAGGCAUACGAGGCGCAACGCAAGGAGAACUCUGCAGGGCGGAGACUCGUGAAACGAGUCGGAAAUGUUUUGGCAUGGAAAUAAUGUUGAUCUUUGCUGAUUGGUCUCCCAUUGCUAGAGAUACUGCAGCACUGGGAGACAAGAAGAUAGUGAUUGUGUGUGAAGGAGGGACAGAGGGCACACCACUGCCAACAGCGCUCCUCCUCUACACUCAAUAGAGG